CGCAAGAAAACGCCUUUAGUAAUGAAAUGUUACAUUUUGAGAAACUUUUAACCGACAGUUUACGCAUCAGAACUGUCAAGUGUCGCAUCAAAACUGACAGUUGACGUAUCAUAAGUGAGAGACCACUGAGCUUUUGACAGUUUUGUGACAAAACAAUAAACAAUAUUUAGAAUUAUUAUAUUCAGUUGCCAGAAAUAAAAGAAUAGGUGAAAGAUGUCGCUGCACGGUCUUCCUCCACUGCCAAAAAGUCUAAGCAGCUUCAUGAUAUCAGAAGCAACUCCAACUCCCCCAACGCCAUUGAGGAGCAGUUCAAUUCGUCCAGGUACUGGCAUCAAACAGCCAACAGGAUAUUCGUCUCACAUAAAAGUUGGUGGCAGUCCAGAGCCGAGUUUUCGAACGUCUUCUGCUGGCAGCUCUACAAGAAAGUCAACCAGUCUUGAUACGAAGCUGGCUAUUCUUGGACAAGAAAUGUUCAAUCUUCGACAACUCGACCUUACUGUUCUCUCCCAGCUAUGGACUCUGAACGAGUCAAUUCAAGAAUUCCGCAACAUUCUACAAGAACAAGAAGAUCGUGUUCUUUCACCUCCAUCAAUUUCUCCCACACCCUCCUCCGGAGAAGAAGUAGAUGCUGAUGAAUUUUACCUAUCAACAACUUCUUUGAAUUUCAGAACUGUAGUGACACAUCCAGAACACCGACAAAGUGUUUCAUCGAAUACAUCAAGUGUUGGAUAGACCAAAUGAAGGAUUAUAUGAAGGGAUUCUAUGACCUUCAAUGUUUCGAAAUAAAGAAUAGUUGUUACCAUCUUGUAAAAGACAUUUACAGUCUCCUUCAAGUACCAUAUAAUAAUAUUUCCAUUGUUAUGUUUUUACAAUGCCUCUAUAUAUAUUCCAAAUUUCUUUUUCAUGUUAGCUUGGACACUGAAAAAACAAUCUCAGAAUCGAAUAGUGUUUAUCAUUUUCUGAUGAUAUUAUGAAUAGGUAAUUAGCCUUAGGUGCGGAAAAGUUUUAAAAAAAUUAGUGUUCAGAUAUCUACUCUAGUGAUGAAAAAAUAAAUACUUCAAAAUAAAA